CUCUAUACACCUAUGUCUAAAACCCUAAAAAAAAGUGCGUCUAAACAAAGCUUUUGCUAAACCCUUGGCCAUUGUGGCAUCGCACAGGAUGCACAAAACCGGCUAGUCUUCCUCAGUUCCUCAGUUGAAGCUUUCCUAAUACGAUGUUUCCGCCUCACAAUUCUCAGUCUCGCCCUUCUUCUCAACUCCACUCUAAUGGACUCCCUGCUUCUGCUCCUCCUCCUCCUCCUGCACAGGUUAUGAGCAACCCAGGAAUGCAAAUUCAGCCUCCGCCUUUCAACCCGCAGGGUUUAAUCACUCCAAAUACGCAUCCACGUUUCCCGUUUCAAGGUCCUCAAAACCCAAACAACCAAAUCAAUAAUGUUUUCCCUCAAAUGCCUGGACAGUUUUUUCCUCAAAAUGCAGUAAACCCGGCUCAGUUCUUCAAUCCGAAUGGUAACUUUGGGUUGCCAAACGGCCAGUGUAAUUUGCCUAAUAACAACCUGAUGCAAACUGUGAAUCAGUUAUUGCAACUCCAAAUGCAAUUGCAAAUGCAAAUGCAGAUGCCUAAUUUUGCUCAGGGAAUUGGUAUGCCUGGCAUUCCAGGGGUUGGUGUGCAAAAUCCAGCUUUUACUGGGAAUUCGCAGUUUACACAGCAACCAAUGAAUGGGAAUUUUUUGAAUCAAUCUCAACAAGGGAAUGCACCUCCCAUGAAUGCUUUUGGCAUGGUGCCCCAGCCUCAUCUAAACCAGAGCAGCUUAAAUCAUCCUGAUGCUGCUAAGUCACAGGGAGAUCUUGGACAAGCAGCCAGAGGCGAUACAAAAGGAAACUGGAAAAGUUCUCCGAACAACAACUUCAAGAGAAACCAGAGACAUGAUGCACCACAUACUGGAUUUAGGAAGGCCGUGCCUCAGUCUGUUCAAAAUGCUAAAAGAAACUUCAACAAUCAUAAUGAUAGCCUAAGAAAAGCACACAGUAAAGGUGGGCCUGAAAAUUCUCCCAAGAAACAAAAUCAAAAUGAGAAAAAGAGGCCACUCCCUUUGUUAUACACUGAGAAAGAAAUACAACAAUGGAGGGAAGACCGAAGGAAAAAUUAUCCUUCAAAAGCCAACAUUGAGAAGAAGUCGCAAAAAUUGGCUGGGACUGAAGACAAUGCAAAUGCUGCAAAAUUGCGCCGCCAGCAACUCAAGGAAAUUUUGGCUAAGCAAGCAGAGCUAGGUUGUGAAAUUGCAGAAAUACCAUCUUCCUAUCUGUCAGACUUGGAGAGACCAGGCCAUGAAAGGGAGAACAGAAGGCCAUUCCGUAAGAAUGAAAAGUUCCAAUACAAAUCAAACAAAAGGGGACGAUUUGGUCAAAAGAAUCAGUUCUCCAAAAAGCAAAAAUUUGAGGACCCCAGUUCAUCCAACAUUCAAGAGCAGAAUGACAACAACUCAAGGGAACAGAAGUUGGAAAAAAGUGGCUCAGCUUCACAGAGCAAAAGGAAACCAACUCUUUUGCAAAAGCUGCUGGGUGCAGACAUUAGAAGAGAUAAGCAGCAUCUAUUGCAAGUUUUUAGGUUCAUGGUUAUGAAUUCUUUCUUCACAGAAUGCCCUGAGAAGCCUCUGAAAUUUCCAUCGGUGAUUGUUAAAGAAUCAGAGAAUCAGAAUGUGGCUUCUGAACAAGCAUCCCCGCCUCUGAAAUCUCCAUCUCUUAUUGUUCGAGAACCAGGGAAUCAGAAUGUGGCCAUUGAACAAGCAUCCCCACCUCUGAAAUCUCCAUCUCUGAUUGCUAGAGAAUCAGGGAAUCAGAAUGUGGCCAUUGAACAAGCAUUCCCUAUUGAAGAACCGUUCAAUGACGACAAUGAUGAGGACAAGAAAUUCAAAGAACUGGAUGAUUUACUUUAUCAGAACGUUGGUCACACCGAAGAGGAAGAAAACCAAGAGGAAGGAGAAAUCAUUGAUUAGUAGUGUUGAACUCGUGUGUGCAUGAGUUGUAUAGUUUGUCUUCUAACUGUUUAUGGAGUUGAAUUUUAUUUACUGUAGAAAUCUCUACUAUCUAUCUUUUUAUGAAUCCUUUUCUUAGUUGUAUGCGGAAGAAUAUGGACUAAGGGUGUGUUUGGAAAGUUGGGAAAUGAGUCAUUUUUUGGAAUUAGUUUCA